GCGAGCUAGCUGGUUGGCGCAGGCGCGUAGGUGGCGUCGGUGUCUGCGGCCUCUCCGGAGCGUGAUGGCUGAGGAGAAAAUGGAUAUUGCAGCUCCUCCAACCUCAAAGUGUAUUAUAUAUUGGAAAAGGAAAGUCAAAUCUGAAUAUAUGCGUCUUCGGCAGCUCAAGAGGUUUCAAGCAAACAUGGGAGCCAAGGCUCUGUUUGUGACCAAUUUUGCAAAGGUUCAAGAAAAAACACAACUUCUGAAUGAAGAAUGGAAGAGGCUUCGAGUGCAGCCAGUGCAGUUAAUGAAGCCAGUCAGUGGGCACCCUUUCCUGAAACAGUGCACUGUUGAGAGCAUUUUCCCUGGAUUCCCAAGUCAGACCUUGUUCAUGAGAACCCUCAACACAGUGGCAUUGGUUCCUAUCAUGUAUUCCUGGUCCCCUCUUCAGCAGAAUUUCAUGGUGGAAGAUGAAACUGUUCUGUGCAAUAUUCCCUACAUGGGAGAUGAGGUGAAGGAGGAAGAUGAAACCUUCAUUGAAGAACUUAUUAAUAAUUACGAUGGGAAGGUUCAUGGAGAGGAGGAGAUGAUUUCAGGGUCAGUCCUCAUCAGUGAUGCUGUAUUCCUGGAGUUAGUGAAUGCCUUGAAUCAGUACUCUGAUGAGGAAGAUGAAGGACACAAUGACUCUGAGGGUAAACAGGAGGAUGGGAAGGAAGAGUUGCCUGUUACAAGGAAAAGAAAACGAAUAACUGUGGAAGGCAACAAAAAGUGUUCAAAGAAGCAGUUCCCAAAUGAUAUGAUCUUCACUGCUAUUUCUUCAAUGUUUCCAGAAUAUGGUUUUCCAGAAGAUAUGAAAGAGAGGUACAGAGAACUAACUGAGGUAUCUGACCCAAAUGCACUGCCCCCGCAGUGCACGCCAAACAUUGAUGGGCCAUGCGCAAAGUCAGUCCAGCGGGAGCAGUCUCUGCAUUCCUUCCACACGCUCUUCUGCAGGCGUUGCUUCAAAUACGACUGUUUCCUGCAUCCUUUUCAUGCUACUCCUAAUGUCUACAAACGGAAGAACAGGGAGACCAAGAUCGAGCCAGAUCCCUGUGGGGCAGACUGUUUCCUCUGGCUGGAGGGAGCCAAAGAGUUUGCUGCACUACAUAAUCCCAGGUCCAAGUGCUCAGGCAGGCGACGCCGAAGGCACCACAUGGUCAAUGCAUCCUGCUCGAACACCUUGGCUUCCACAGUCACUGAGACAAAGGAGGGAGACAGUGACAGAGACACGGGCAAUGAUUGGGCCUCUAGUUCCUCAGAGGCAAACUCCCGUUGCCAGACCCCCACCAAGCAGAAGCUCAGCCCUGCCUCCUCCCAGCUCUUUUCAAUGGAAACACCACAAGAACCUGUUGAGUGGACAGGGGCUGAAGAGUCGCUCUUCCGUGUGUUCCAUGGCACCUACUUCAACAACUUCUGUUCCAUUGCCAGGCUGCUGGGAACCAAAACGUGCAAACAGGUCUUUCAGUUUGCAGUGAAAGAGUCCCUUGUAACAAAACUGCCAGCAAAUGAGCUUAUGAAUCCGUCCCAGAAGAAGAAAAGGAAGCACAGGUUGUGGGCUGCACACUGCAGAAAGAUCCAGCUGAAGAAAGACAACUCCCCCACCCAGGUCUACAACUACCAGCCCUGCGACCAUCCUGAGCACCCUUGUGACAGCUCCUGCCCCUGCAUCAUGACUCAGAAUUUCUGUGAGAAGUUCUGCCAGUGCAAUCCUGACUGCCAGAACCGCUUCCCAGGUUGCCGCUGUAAGACUCAGUGUAAUACCAAGCAGUGUCCGUGCUACCUGGCUGUACGAGAGUGUGAUCCUGACCUGUGCCUGACCUGCGGGGCUUCUGAGCACUGGGACUGCAAAGUGGUCUCCUGCAAGAACUGCAGCAUCCAGCGCGGGCUCAAAAAGCAUUUGCUGCUGGCUCCAUCGGAUGUUGCUGGCUGGGGAACCUUCAUCAAGGAAUCUGUGCAGAAGAAUGAAUUCAUCUCUGAGUAUUGUGGUGAGCUUAUUUCACAGGACGAGGCUGACCGGCGUGGAAAGGUCUAUGACAAAUACAUGUCCAGCUUCCUCUUCAACCUCAACAAUGAUUUUGUGGUUGAUGCUACCCGCAAAGGAAACAAGAUCCGCUUUGCCAACCACUCUGUGAACCCCAAUUGCUAUGCUAAAGUUGUGAUGGUGAACGGAGACCACCGGAUAGGAAUCUUUGCGAAGAGGGCCAUCCAAGCAGGGGAGGAACUCUUCUUUGAUUACAGGUACAGCCAGGCGGAUGCCUUGAAAUAUGUCGGCAUAGAGAGGGAGACGGACGUCAUCUAGGCCCCUGUGGGGCAGGUCCCUGUGCACUUUGCUGCUACUGCACCUUGUAAGCAAUGCCAUGUUUGCUUCCAUGCUUACAUCAUGGCUGCCCAUGUUCGCGUCGCUGUGUGAGUCGUGAGUGCUGCAUUCCAUCCAGAUGCCUGGGAGUGGAGCUAUGAGGAAUGUGACACAGUCGCUGCCAGAUCCAAGCAGGAAUCUUGCUCUAGUCCUGAGCCAGGGCAGAAUCCAGUGCUGUGUGUUGUCAGUGCUCUCCAGGGCUGACAAGAGGGAUUCCAGAAACCAGGUGGGACUGGAAAGCAGGUGACUGCAUGGGAAUGCUUUGAGUUUCCUUCCAUCUACCAGAUGCUGAAAGAACAAACCUGAGUAAGGUACAACCUGCUCGCAGCCUGUAGGGAUGGUAAUGCAAUGGCCCUGCCUGGCGGGGCUUGCCUUAGCAGGAAAAUAGGUGGGGUGGCUGAUGCCAUUCCAUUGAAAAUUCUCCCCUGGAGCAAACGUUUUUUUCUGGUGUGUGUUUGGUGCUCUCUCUUGAUUUCCUUUGCUGCUAAUCAGGACGCUUGUUCACUGUUAGGAACCUUAGGGACUCUGGCCCAUGCCCCAACAGUGAGGCCUAAGUCAACUUGCCAGCUGUUGUGCCCACAAGGCUCUCUUCCUGCUGGCCAGAGGACAGAGACCAGAUGAACCCUGUUUCUGCAAUGGGGCCUUUCAAUGUUAUGCAAAGAGUCACUUUGGUUAUGGAAAGCAAUUGUGCUGGGAAGAGAUGAGCACAUUGUUGCCAGAGGUGCAGAAGGAGAUGGCAGGGAAAACAGGGUGUGAAGACAGCUAGUUCACAAGGCUCCUUCCUACCUGCCCCUAAUUCUGUGCCUGCCUAGUGGCCAGGCUCAGGAAAACGAUGGAUGAAUGUUGCCCAUUUCCACUGACUGUGCUGUCUGGGCCCUCUAUGUCAAGACACACAAAGCUCUAGGGGAAUUGGUCCAGGACCUGGGCUCUGUUCAGCCCUGAUGCCCUCAUUAGUCUCUAUUCUGGCUGUCACUCUCCCAUUGAAUGUUUCCAAGCUACUCAGAGAUGCUGUGCCUGGGGCCUUCCUGGGAGAGCCAUCUAGAUCUGCAGGGCCUGGUGCUGCUCUGUUCUGAUGGGCAUGGGCUGACCUUCUGGGGAGGCUGUUGGAUGAACAGUGUCCCUCAGUACAUGGCCCCUCUGACACAGGGAAAAGCUGAAGGAACAGAUAUCCUUGCUGCGAGUCAGCAAGCUGGUUUAGGAAUGCCUGCUGCUCCAAAGGUAUCUGGCAUGGCACAGGAAUGUCCUGAUUAGGUGCUCUGACUGCAGCACUGAAUCUGUUUCUUCAGUCCACCCUUGCUGCUGCAGCGUCCAAUCAUGGCUUCCCUUCUCACAGUUACCAAUCCUGGGUGCUGUCUGAAGCACUUUGCCAGCCCAUUGGCACAGCCUCCCCUUCAUGGCUAUGGCCUCUUCCAUUGCACAGAGUUCUUUGUUGACUGCCAUUGCUGUUGCCAUGUUCUGAACAACAUCAGCACACUGCUAUUUUGGCAGUGUCUGAGCCCAAAGGCUGCCUCAGAGGCUGCCUAAGGGCUCUCUUGUGAGACCCUGCCCCAGGUGUGGAGAUGGCUCUUGAGCUGGACAACAAGGCAGGGGCUUGAUCUUAGCACCCUCUGCGAAAAACAAACAAACAAGGAAGCACAUUAAAAUAACCCUCCCCAGCCAGCAGCUGGGACUCUUCCUCUUUCCAAGGAGCUUCUGGGUUGUAGAAACCAUGUGAAUCUCAACCCCUGCUUCUCCUGUUCCUUCUGCAGGCUGUGGGGGAGCUGGAAGGGGUAGAAAAAUGGGAAGAAAAAUUGCAGGGAGGCACCCUCAUGUCUGUAUGUACAAGUACUUGGGUGUUGGGGGAGAGGCACCUGGAGUCCCAGCAACUGCAUGAUGCAGAGGACAGGCUGUGAUGAAGGGGAGCCUUCUUGCCUGGCCCCUCAGUCCUCUCUCCUUUCCAGACACAGUAGUCCUGGUUCUUCCCAGCUUUUCUGGUGUAUUGCUGGCGUGUGACAAACACAUACACAGUCAGGGGAAGGGUUUGAAGUGGACUUGGAAGAAGCUCGGGUCUACCACUAGACUCUUAGCCUGCAUAAGGAUCUCUGAGAUGGGGUGAUGGCACCAGCACAUCCAGGACAGGUGGAGUUGGGCAGCAGCUGCGAGGGUGUCCCUGAGUGCACAACUAGAAUUGAGCCAGCAGGGACCCUGUGAGUAGAACACAAGGAUGGAAAAUGGAGCCUGCCUCACUGUCCAGUGCCAUCAGUCUGGCAUAGUGAGAUAAGAAUAAGGAGGUCUUUCACUGAGGGUGGGUCCUGGGUCAAGCACCCAGCCAUGCACAAGCAACACCUCUUCUGUUUGUUACUAAGGAUGCAGGACUGGGCUGUGAUACAGGGGAGAUGGGAGCCUGGGUCUAGUCCUAUGCAGAUGCUUCUCCAGGCACAGGCACGUCCAGUGCAUUCAAGUUUCAGAAUUGGAGCUGCUGCAGCUGGCUGCUGAGGGUCCCAAGGGCUGGUCUGGCCUGUGUGCCCCCUCUCUGCUAGGGCUGCUAAGCACAGGACUGGCCCCUGAGUCUUGCUGGAGUUCAGGUCUGUUUGGAGCAGGCACUCUUGUUCUUCCUGUAUCUGCCUGAGAGCCAACUCUCUGCCCUGCUUUAUUAUACCCUUGUCUACAUGGCUGGUCCCUGCCCACUGUGUCAUUAAAUGUUCCCCUGCAACUUUGGCCAUAUCUGCACUGCAAGAGGCUUUGUGUCUGUGGCUUGCUGCCAGUGAAUUAUAUGCACUUUAAAAAUCAUGUGGCUUGUAACCUUUGUCAUAAUAAAGUGGUAGUGAACA